AUGCUGAGGUUGGAGAAGUUGUGGAUGCAUGCAAAGGCUAAUGUUGGUAUUCGAGGAGAUCCAAGUGAAGAAGCCAAAACAUUUUAUAAAUUAAUGGAAGACCUUGAGUUACCGUUAUAUCCAGGCUGUAAAAACUUUUCAAAGUUGUCCUUUCUGCUUAAGUUAUUUCACAUAAAGUGCUUAGGGGGGAUAACAGAUAAAAGUCUUUCUAUGAUUCUUGAUCUUUUCAAGGAAGCAUUGCCGGAGAAUAACACUUUGCCAGAAUCCUUCUAUGAAGCUCAAAAGACGGUGAAGAAGUUGUCUCUUAACUCCAUCAAGAUUGAUGCUUGUCCUAAUAAUUGCAUGCUAUUUUGGAAAGAGCAUGCUAAUGCGGAUGAAUGUAUAAAGUGUCAUGCAUCAAGAUGGAAAAAAAAGGGACAAGGGAAUGGAAAUCCCACUACAGAACCUAAUCCCAAAAAGCUUCCAUGUCAGACAAUGAGGUAUUUCCCUUUAAUACCCAGGCUUCAGAGAAUGUUUAUGUCAUCUAAAAUUGCCGCUAGUAUGAGAUGGCAUUCAGAUGAACGUCAAAGUGACGAUGGGGUAAUGACACAUCCAGCCGAUUCAAAAGCUUGGAAAUCAUUUGACGAUAAAUAUCCAUCUUUUGCCUCUGAAACACGAAAUGUUCGCCUUGGUUUAGCAAGUGACGGCUUCAGUCCCUUCAGGAAUGGACAUAUUCCCCAUAGCACAUGGCCAGUGGUUCUAAUACCAUAUAAUUUGCCUCCAUGGCUUUGCAUGAAACAACAUUCUCUGAUUUUGUCCACGCUCAUUCCAGGCCCUAAGGGACCUAAGAAGAAUAUUGAUGUGUAUCUCCAACCUCUAAUUGAGGAACUUAAGUUGCUUUCGAAUGUUGGUGUGGAGACGUAUGAUGCCUCAAAAAAAGAGAAGUUUAGGUUGUUCGCUUCUUUGUUAUGGAUUGUUAGUGACUAUCCUGCUUAUAGUGAUCUCUCUGGAUGGAGUACGAGAGGAGAAAAAGGUUGUCCUACUUGCAACAGUGACACAUCUUCAGAAUGGCUAAUAAAUGGGGGCAAGUACUGUUACAUGUGUCAUCGCCGAUUUCUACCCAUUGAUCAUGAAUGGAGGUACGAUGGGGCAUCUUUUAACGGCACACAUGAGAUUAGACCAAAGCCAAAGGAGUUAACGGGUGAGGAAGUGCUUGAACAAUUAGUGGAUGUUGAAUGUGUUACAUCCCUUGAGACUCCUACUAGGAAGAGAAAUCGACGCAAAGAUCAAAAGAACAAAUGCAAAGCAAUAUGGAGAAAAAAGAGCAUUUUCUAUGAGUUGUCGUAUUGGAGUAGUCUUCUAGUGCGUCAUAAUUUAGAUGUGAUGCACAUUGAGAAGAAUGUUUGUGAGACCUUACUUGCUACAUUGCUUGACAUAAAAAGGAAAAGUAAGGACAAUCUGAAUGCACAACAUGAUUUGAAGGAAAUGAAAAUUAGAAAGUCCCAGCAUGCUAAAGAACGAGACGAUGGUAGUUGGGAGAUUCCCCCGGCUCCUUACACGUUAUCCUUGGAGGAAAAAAAGAAGCUAUGUACCUUCCUGACGAGUGUCAAGUUCCCUGAUGGCUAUGCUUCAAAUAUCUCCCGAAAUUCAUUGCCGAGAGAGCGGAAAUUGAAAAGCCAUGACUACCAUGUCAUUAUGGAGCAUCUUCUUCCUCUUGCUAUACGUGAUUGGCCGAAGUCACUGUCCACACCACUUAUUAAAUUGAGCUCAUUUUUCAAGGAGUUGUGCUCUAAGACAUUGAAUGUGAAAGACUUAGAAAUAAUGGACAAGGAAAUAGUCGUCAUCCUAUGCGAGCUAGAAAAGAUUUUCCCACCGGCUAUCUUUGUGAUUAUGAUUCACCUGUCGGUACACCUUGCAAAAGAAGCAAUGAUUGCGAGACCCGUUCAAUAUCGUUGGAUGUACCCUAUUGAGAGGUAUUUAUGUAAACUGAAGAGGUACGUUCGUAACAAAGGGCAUCCUGAAGGGUCAAUAGCAGAAGGCUAUCUUCUAGAGGAGUGUCUAACAUUUUGUUCAAGAUACAUGGAGGAUAUCGAAACACAAUUCAAUAAGGAAGAUAGAGUCUACGACUGUGAUGAUCAUGGUGAUGCUGACGAUCGACUACCCAUUUUUAAGAUAAGUGGUCGAGCGGUCGGGAAAGUCACACCUGGAUCAUUAACAACACAAGAAUGGGAGGAUCUCCAUUUUUAUAUGCUCAAUAAUUGUGAAGAAGUGAAGCCAUUCAUUGAUGAGUAUGAGCGUGAAGUUUCAAACACAACAAAGAUGACAAUCGCUAGGAAGCGCAAGUUUAUUCAAUGGUUCAAACAUCGAGUGACUUCUUUUGCUCAAGAAAAGCAUCCUGCUGUGACUGAACAUUUACAGGCCUUAGCGGAUGGCACAGAUCGUGUUGUAGCGACUGUGAACUGCUACAUGGUAAAUGGUUCUAUGGUCCGCACAAAAGACAGUGAAAUGGAAAGAGAGACACAAAACAGUGGGAUUGUUGUGUUGGGGGAAAAUGAUCUUGAAUAUUACGGUCUGCUACGUGAAGUCAUUGAAGUACAGUUGAUAGGAGGAAAUCGUGUCACUUUGUUCAUGUGUGAUUGGUGGGAUGUUCAUAGUCAUGGGCGAGGAAUAACUAAAGAUUGCUUUGAAUUCAUCAGUGUCAAUAUCGGAAAGGUGUUGGGAAAUGAUCCCUACGUUUUAGCUUCACAAGUUGGGCAAGUGUACUAUGUUCAGGACGUUGCGAAGCCAAAUUAG